CUAGUCACUGAGAGAAACGCGCUCAGACGCCCAGUGCUCCGUCGAAAGCCGGACUGAAAACAUCUCCAGCAUGCGGUCUGUGUCUAGCUGCCCCUGAACACGCAACCUGCAACACACGUCAGUCGACUAUGCAUGCUCUACAAACCGGAUAAACUACUGUGAUGUGAAACGCUUGCCAGUUGUGUGAUAGGAACAAACUAAUAAGAUGAAACACUUUCUGACUCUUUGCGGAAUGCAAUUCCUUUUCUAUGCUAUCUUAGCUUCAACAAGUUCCAACUCAGGUAGUUCGGAAGAUCCGGAAUUUGUGGAGCAGAUCGAAAAUAUCACAGUUCCUGCUGGGCGAAACGUAAAGUUGGCCUGCACAGUGAAAAAUUUAGGGACGUUCAAGGUGGCGUGGAUGCACUUCGAACAGAGUGCCAUUCUGACAGUGCACAGUCACGUCAUCACGCGCAAUCCUCGCAUCUCCGUCACGCACGACAAGCACCGCACCUGGUUCCUGCAUAUCAGCAACGUGCAGGAGGAGGACAGAGGACGCUACAUGUGUCAGAUCAACACCGUCACCGCCAAGACGCAGUUCGGAUACCUGCAUGUUGUCGUACCUCCGAACAUCGACGACUCGCUGAGUAGUUCAGAUGUGAUCGUGCGUGAGGCAGCCAACGUGACUCUCACAUGCCACGCGUCUGGGUCGCCCACGCCGAGCAUCAAGUGGAAGCGUGACGAUGGCACCAAAAUUGCACUCAACAAAUCUCUUUCAGUUGCUGAGUGGGAAGGUGAGGUGCUAGAGAUGACACGGAUCAGCAGGCUGGACAUGGGUGCCUACCUGUGCAUCGCAUCCAACAGCGUGCCUCCCACUGUCAGCAAACGAAUCAAAGUCAGCGUCGACUUUCCUCCGAUGCUGUGGAUCCCGCACCAGUUGGUGGGCGCUCCGCUGGGCUACAACGUGACCCUGGAGUGUCACACGGAGGCCCACCCCACCUCCCUCAACUACUGGACGCGCGACGAUGGUCACAUGAUCCACGACAACAACAAGUAUCACACGCAGUCGCGCGUCGGGUCGCCCGCCUACAAGACGCACAUGCAGCUCACCAUCUACAAAACGGAGGAGAGCGACUACGGCACUUACAAGUGCGUUGCCAAGAACCCGCGUGGUGAGACCGACGGCACCAUCAGACUAUACACGUCCGCUCCACCGUCGACCUCUCCCGCCCCGACAACCUCGGAACUUCCACAAACACUAGAUCCGCAACUGGAAGAGAAAUCGGACAACACGAUACCAAGUCAUAAAAACUCUCACAGAGAAGAAAAAGGACGGAAAGGUACAAAAUAUACAUCGAACCUGAAUGAGAUAGACAAAUCAGAGCAGAAAUUUCAAGACUCAGAACCAAGAGGAACGCAUUACGAAUGGCCAGAAGAAAAAUCCAACAAUGGUAGCUGCAGACAAGGAUAUUCCCUGGACACACACAUCAUCUUACUUCUGAUAAUGAUAGGUUCAUUUUCCCAUCUAUGUAGGAGAUAAAUGACUUCAUAGACAAUUCAGGUCAGGAUAGAUGUUCAAGUGUCAAUAUCAUUGAACCAACUUAAUCGUGUUAGACUGCAGUGUAAACCACUCUCAUAAUAUUGCCUGGAAAAACAUAAAUUAUUAUAGUGUUUGACGAAUUCCGCCUGCAAAGAUUUCUGUAAUGUGGAAUUCUUUCUCAAAAACACUAAUGUAUAAAAUCACAUGAUGUAUAUUAUUGAAAUGUUGAAGUUUGAUAUCGACUGUCAUCAGCUUUAAAGAUGCUGGAAAUAGGUGAUUCGUAUACGUAAACCAAUUAUUGUUGAGUUGAGAAUAUAAACCAAUGAAAGAACAGAAAUAAUCUAUAGAGAUUCAUACAAUUAUUUUCCAUGCAUUAAUAAUCGUAAUAACCAUAAUAAAUUUAUUAUUUCAUCCCUAUUCAUCAGAUCUGAUAUCCAAUUUUCAAUUGAGUCGUAUCACUUUGCACAUUCUGAAUAACCUAAUCUGCACAAUUAAUCAAAUGUUAAUGGAGUUUGGAGCUCCAAAUUUUCCACUGUUUUACGAUUUUGCUUUGAAUUAUCUUUCAUGUAAACCUAUAUUUUUGUUCUGGUGUGCUUGAAAUGAAUAAUCUCUUCAAAUGAGAAGUAUUUCCUCCAAAUUUCUCUUUUAUCAUUAUCUUAUAACUUGAAUCUAAUUUAUAUGAAUAAGUUAUAUUUUUAAAUAUCUAUAUUAUUUGAAAUUUGGGAAUGUAUAUUGCAAUAACGAUAUCGAUGAUAUGGAUUGAUUACUUCACACGCUCAAUAGAAAGAAGUAGUAAUCCUACAAUCUCUUACUUCCCUCCAAUUCCAUAAUCGUUGAGUACCUUCUGAGAAUAAUGUUCGUGUAUGAAUUCAAGUUCAGUUAAUAAUCCUAAAUCGACAGUUUAACCAGAUUCCUAAAUCGUGUUGCUUACUGAAAAUCGUAGCAUUAACACCCAUGUUACAUAUAAGUUUGACUUUUAUAAAUUUUGAUGGUAUUAAAAGGUGAAAUAGAAGCUAUUGGAGUGAAUAUUGUAUUCCUAGCACAAUUAAUCAUAUUGAAUAAAAAAGUUUCAAAUGUCCUAUAGAGUUCGAAAAGGUCCUGAUAAAACCAGCAUUUGUAUAUCAAAUACAAGCGGUCAAGCUUUCUUAAAUUGAUUAUUAUCAUCCAUGUGAACGGCAACAUGAUUCAAUUGAUACAGAAAUGAUUGAUAUUGUUGAUUUUCUUCAAAUUUUUCAUUAUCAUAUCUUAUGUCAAGUAAUACAAAUGUUGAAUAUUAUGAGGUUGUUUAGUGACGUUAUUUAUUAUGUUUUGUGACACUAUUAAAAAAAUAUUUGAAAAUCUGA